CAAAAGCACGGCAUGACAAGGAGUUCGGACUCAAGACGAUCCCCGAUGCUCUCCUCACCUCCGACCUCGGCGGGGAAGCUCCGACGGUCCCCUGUGACCGGGUCAGGGGUCAGGUCUGGACCAAUGAGGGCAGUGCACAACAUCACUGCUGAUCUCCCAUCAGACAACCGACCAAGACAACGACCUUCAACGUCUUCUUCUGUUUCCACCUCUCCACAUUCCACCCCAUCCCCCCCUCCGUCCGCCAGGACCCCCCCUGCCCGACCGUCGCUCCCUUCAAGACCGGGGCUCUCCACACCCCCUCAAGUUCCUGGGAGGCCAUCUGUAAGGAGGCCGUUGAGUCCGUCAUCCGCUCCCCGGCUCCUCAGGUACCACGUGGUGGAGACACCAGGCGUUCUGCCAACACUUCCGUCACCGCCAUCUUCCGCCAAACCCGCUGGCGCGAGAAACCCGAGACUCCGCAAGGUCGUAGUAACAAAGGACGGAGGGAACAGUUAGGGGUGGUCGGAAAGGAUGGACAGAGCGAGUGAUUAACAAUAGGAAGGAGGAAAGGCGGUGUUAUGGUGUAAUAUUGCAGUGCACGCAGCUUACUGAACAUUUGAACAUGGAGGCAACGCACGUGUGGAAUCUACCUGCAAUUCUUGUGGAUCCAGCCAGAAUUCCAGCUUGAAUUUCCUUUAUAGGGAAGUGCUGGAAGAAGACGCUAGGAAUUUGUGCUGUCGCGUCGUACUGCGGGCCCUGUACUCUUCUAGCUGCAAGAAACCCAAGUUGGUUGAGCGCUAAGGUGGCUGUUAUGUAACACUGGCACAGUUGACCCCAAUACAACUGUUACCCUGAUUGCUCAGUUGUGGCCAUGAGAACAAAGCUUAAGCCUAUGAAGGAACGAUUGUGCUGUUACACUGUAUAGGAGCUGUUUGGAUUGUGAGGACGUUAGCUGUUUGGUUGUUGGCACUCGUGUGUAUUAUAGUGGAAAUAGCGCGAUUUGCACUGUACAUAGUUUGAUAUGAAAGACUGUACAUGGUAUUUUGAAAUGUGUAAAGAUGUGUUCUUUGAACGUUUGUAAUAUUUUUAGUCUAUGGCUGCAAAAAUAGCAAACGUAUCUGCAGUAGUACUGAAUUCUGUCCUGAUACUGAACAAGUGAACAUUCAUGGCAUCUUCUCAGCAUUAUUUUUAAAAGAUUACACACAAUUGUACAAAUACUUGACAGCCAUACAUGUAUAUCAGAUGUCUUUGUCAAGAAUUUGCAAUAUUGUUGCCAACAUGUUUAAAAUUUAAUCAAAGAUGCUACAAAGCAUCUUUCUUUGCUGCUAUGCUACAAAGAAGAACAAGCAACAAUCUGAAAAUAACAAAUAGAGACUAUUUGGUAGGUAUGAAAUGGAUUUUUGAGAACCAGCAUUCCAGAAAGUGAGUUAUUAAAGGAAUUCUGUGUGAUGUA